AUGGGUGUUCCAAACAACAGCCUGCAUGAGCUGGAACGCCAGCGCCUCGAACUCGAGGGGAACAUCUCGAAGCUACAAGAUUCCCUCUACCACUGGAGGACGUGGGAGGCCGAAUACGAUGGCCUCAAAGACGAGAUAAACGAGCUGGACGACGAUGCGACAAUGGAUGAUUACCUCCGAGUAGGACGCGACUUUGGUGGCUCCCUGGUCAAUGAAGAGGAGGUCAAAGUGAUUUUGGGAGAGAAACAAGGCGUGACGCGAACCAAGCAACAGGCGGUUGAUCUGGUAACGAGGCGAAUCGACUACGUGAAGCAAAAUGCGUCGACUAUAGAGAAACGGCUACGUGCGGCAGAGGAUCAACUGUACGCGCUCGACUCCCAAGAUCGGUUACCGGUGGAACCUACGGCGGACUUUCCUAUGACUGAGAUUUUCGAAGAACUCGAUGAAAACGGCGAGAUUAUUUCAAGCAAGACAACCACACCCGGCAGCGAGGCCACCGAUCUUUUGGAGGUUUUGAAGAAGGCUGGUGUGAAGGAUAUACCUGAUGUAGCUAAGGCCGAUACGCCAGUAUCGAGUUCUUCUCAGCAAGUCACUCAGAGUACGGAGGAGGCGUCUUCCGCAGACAGUCUUGGUAAAGACGAUACAUCCGCCAGCGAGGAGCCCUCCGUCAAAUAUGUGGCAAGCGAUGCUAAGGAGACAAGCUCUGCGUUAGACCCGACUGUCGAAAUUCAUGGCGAGCGUCCUGUUAUGGAAGUCGACGAGUCUCCGGAGGAUGCCAAAUUACGCCGUGAGAUGCUCCAGUAUAGUCUGAACGAAGUCGGUUCUGUCGUGGCAGAGCUUGAGUUGGACGAAGACGCAAGUGAUAUUUCUGUUGAUGAAGACUAUGAUGCUUAUGAUUAUGACGAUGACGAAGAUGAAGAGGAGGACGAAUACGGAAGGAGCACUAGGCGUGUUUUGAGCGAAGACUAUCACCGUCAGAUGCGCGAGCUGGAGGAAAAGCUCAAUGCUCGGGGAAUGUGGAAUGCCGGAAAAGACACGCAAACGCUUCCGAACGAGAUCAAGCAGGACCUAGAUCAGCCCAGUGUUGUUCGUGUCGAGAAUAAGGGAGACACGAGUAGCGAGCCGGUCAAGGAGAAGAAACCGAAGAAGAAGGUUGCUUUUGCUGACGAACUCGACAUCGCUCCGGCUUCCAAGCCUCCAGCUGUGGAGAAGAAGGUCGCUCCGGUCCGAGAGUCUAACGUGCCUGUUCUUCAGGAUGCUGUUGUUGAACGCACAGAACCUGCUCGGAAAGAAUCUGUGCAGAGUGACGCCCCGAAGAAAGUAUCCCGGUUCAAGAGUGCCCGGAAAACCAACAACGCGACUGAAGACGCCACUGCGUCAACAACCCAACCUAGCAACACUUCUCGACUUGCCGAACCUCGCUCGGCUCUACGCAAGACUGAGACAUCUACCACUGGGCCAGCUCUACCUCUGUUCCCUGCUAAACCAGCGGAACCCAAGCCCUUCUCCCAGCCUAUCUCCGACAUCGUGGAGCAAGAAGACCCUACACCCAGGGGCCCCGAAGGGAAGAUUCUUGCCGAUACCCUCGUUGAACGGGAGACCCCAGCAGGUCCAGCAGUAGCACCAGAGCCCGAUGAGCUCGACGAGCAGCUGCAUAAGAAGGAGAUCGCAACAGAGUUCUACAAGAUCCGGAACCGCAUGAUCCAGCAAAAUGGCGGCUUCGUAGGCGAGGAGCCGGAAAUUGUGCCAAUUGAGACUGAGGAUGCGCCCAGACGGGUGAGCAGAUUCAAGGCUGCCCGCAUGAGGUAA